CCUGACCCUUUCCAUUUUGCUUUCUUCUCUUUCUUACUUUCUCACAGAGCUUUUUUCUUUUCUCUUUCCUGUGAGCUUCAUGUCUCCGUGGUAGUCUGAUCUAGCUCUAUCGCGACGUCUCCAAGAACCUCCUAGAUCUUUUACAAUCCGCCCCCCAUUCCCCCCUAGAGCUCUGGUAUACUUCGCACACCCCUGGUAAACACGUCUCCGAUUCCGGCGGUCCCUCCCCACCAAGGACCCUGGCUCGCAAUGUCGCUCCAAGUCAACGACCCACGGUCGCGCACCCGCUCCAAGUCCCCCGGCCGCAGCCGCGAACGCUCCCGGUCUCGCGAUAGCCGAGCCCCCGAUCGCCUGGACCUCGAACCCCCGCGCUCGCGACAGCGCUCUCGUUCUCCGGCCGUCGAGAUCGCGCCCAAGUCCUCCUCCUCGAGGGAGUACGAUCUCCCGCGCGCGCGUUCGCCGGUCGUGGAAAUUGCGCCUCGCGCGGCCAAGACCAAGUCUUCGCGCGACUAUGACUCGGAUGAGGAGACGGAGAUUGAUCGGCAGUAUAAAUUGCUGAAGGAGGGGCGGUUACGGGAUGGCGAUGAGAAGCCUAGUCUUGUUGUUGCAAGGGUUCCGCGGAGUCAGCCGCGUUAUGAUGUGGAGCGCUCGGAUGAGGAUGAGGAUGAGGUUGAGGUUGAGGGGGAGCGGAGGAGGCGUGGGGAGAUGGCGUAUAGGCGUCGUGAGGAGGCGAGGUAUGAGCUUUCGGAGGAGGAGGAUUUGAAGGCUGUAAGGAUGAGGGAGAGGGAGAGGGAAAGGGAUCCGAGGAGUUCGAAGGAUUCGUUGAGGGAGUCGAGGGACUCGCGCGAUCCGAGGAGCUCGAAGGAUUCGUUGAGAGAGUCGAGGGACUCGCGCGAUCCGCGGAGCUCGAAAGAUUCCCUGAGAGAAUCGCGCGAGUAUGCGGCUCGGUCUCAUCAACGUCGGCCUUCGUCCCCGCCUAGUCGGGAUGGGAGGUUGGAUGAUUCGGACAGUGAUUCGGAUGAUGGGCUGGCAUAUGGUGAUGCUCUGGGUGGUCAUCCGAGCUAUGCGCGCCCGGGCAAGUAUCAGUAUGCACAGCCAACGCAUCUCCAUCCUGCGCAGCCGGUGGCACCGCGCCAGCCUGCGCAUCCGGAUCCCAAGUCGUCGGACUGGGCUCCCAUCCCUGAGUGUGAGCGUCCGGGCUUCGUGCCGCCGGCCUCGCACCCUUCGUCGCAGGCUGGGGUGGCCUCGACUAUGCCCGGUGGCUUCCCUACAGCCUCGACGUAUGCGGAUCUCCCCGCGACGACUGCACCCUCGUUCCCGAUGCCGCAGUAUGCGGGAUUCCCUGCCCAACAGCAGCUUCCGUACGCACAAGCUUCUUCUGGUCCUUAUAAUCCGUCGCAUCACCGUACUGCUUCCGCCACGAAUGCCUCUCAACCAAUUCCUGGCCAGUAUGCGCAGCCGGCCCCGUAUCAGUAUGCGCAUGUCGAUCCCAAUGUUCGAUAUGCUUCCAAGGCAACCCCCGUCCAACCUUAUACUGCCUCGCCAGAGCAACAGUUUGCAAAGCCGCAGGAGCAGUUCAAUAAAGGGCCUCGUGAGCCUCAGGCGGCUGCGUACCCGUACAGGUAUAGCACUGAACCGCAGUUUGUAGACAAGCAGCAUCCACCACCACCGCAGCCCCAGUCCCAGCAUCAUCAGCCUCAGCCUCAGCAUCAGCAACUGCAGCCCCAGUACGGACAUGGCCACAGUCAUCAACAACAGUCCCAGCAAUUGGUGGAGAUUACACCUGGCGGCGGACGAGGCCGACCGCAUAGCUUGUCCGUGUCAUCAGGGAAUAACCUCGCGGUUGCAGGCUCUCACAGUCUACACGCUGGCCAUCCCCCGGCCAGUCCACUACUGGAGGCCUAUCGCGGUACCUAUCAGUCCAUCUCGCCCAUGCCAUCUCCGAUUAUGAUGCCCUCGCGGGACGAGGACAUCUCGGACCUGGAGCCACUCGACGGUGGUGCUUCGGGCUCUGAACUAGCACGCCGUAAGAAACAUGUCCGCUCCAAAUCUUCCAUUAGCGAAAAGGAAACCCGCCACCGCAGUAGCAAAGAGAAGAUCAGGGAAAAAGAAAAAGACCGCGAUGACCACAGCAAAGACGACAGGCGUCGCCUCCGCCACGAGCGCCACGAUUCUAGCACGUCGAUUGACCGUGAUCGUGAUCGUGAUCGUGAACGCGAUAAUAUAGUCGUCAUCUCACCCACCACCGGCCGUAAGCGUGUCUCCUUCUACGACGCCGGCGCCGACGCAAUCGACAUGCAGAACGCACUCAACCACCGCACAAUCGACAACAAGACCAUCAUCCAGGUCCUGCCCCGGCUCACAAGCGACGAAAUCCUCCUCCUCCGCGCAGAAUACAAAAACCGCGUCAAAAUGCACGGCAAGGGUAUCAACCUCGCCAAACACCUCCGCCUCAAACUCGGCAACUCCUCCUUCGGCAAGGUAGCCUACGCUACCGCCCUCGGCCGCUGGGAAUCGGAAGCUUACUGGGCAAACUGCUACUACCAAGCGGGGACCUCGCGCCGCGAACUCCUCAUCGAAUCCCUAAUCGGACGGUCCAACGCCGCCAUCCGCGAAAUCAAGUCCUGUUUCCGGGAUACCCGGUACAACGAUAGUCUUGAGCGGUGUAUGCGGGCGGAACUCAAGGCAGAUAAGUUUCGGACGGCCGUGUUGUUGGCGCUCGAGGAGAGGAGGCAGGAUGAGAGGGAGCCCCUGGAUGAGAGGUUGAUCCGGCAGGACGUUGGGGAUUUGCACCGGGCCUUGGUUUCGAGGGAAGGUGGGGAGACGGCUAUGAUUAAUAUCAUUGUUUUGAGGAGUGAUGCUCAUCUGAGGGAGAUGUUGCGAGAGUACGAGGCGGUUUAUCGGGUGAAUUUUGCGAGGGCGAUGAUUGCCAAGUCGAAGAAUUUGGUGGGUGAAACACUAGCCCACAUCCUAAACGGUGCGAUCAACCGCCCCAUGCGUGACGCCCUCCUCCUCCACCAAGCCGUCCGAGAGUCCCGAACUGGCCGCGAGCGCUCCGAGUUGCUCAUUUCUCGACUUGUGCGGUUACAUUGGGAACCGCGGCAUCUGGAGCUGGUCAAGAGUGAGUACCGGAGACGGUAUAAUGAGCGAGUCGAGGAGGCGAUUGCCGAGGAGGUGAUGAGUUCGAGUGGGAGUAGUGAGUGGGGGGAGUUUUGUAUUGAGUUGGCUAGGAGUUCGACUUGAGCGAUGGAGAGGAUGGGGUGGAAGGAUGGGAUUGGUUAAAUAAUGUCUAGUGUACAUGGAAGAGUAGUUUAUGUUAUAGAGAAAGGGCUAUGCAGUGUUGUAUGUUUCAUGUUCUAUGAUUCCUUUGAUAUGGAGACCCCAAGUUGAACUGUACGGAGCUUCUCGUGGACCUCAUAGGAUU